UCUGGCAAAGACCACGACACCAGACUUUUAUUACUUUAAUGGACCCGUGUUUGGGGGCUUGAAAAAAGUUAGGCUGUUAGGCCUUGUGGCCUGGCCGGCUAGGAGCUAUCGUUACUUAGCUUAGCCUCGGGUGUUCAUACCUGUGCAGGUGGUUCGGACCGUUACGUGGUAUCCAUGAUCGCAUAAUGGCAUUGGCACGGUACACCAUCAUGACCACGGAGAUGAUGGCAUCCGCCCACCAAACAUGAAGACAAGGAAAGGUUGAACUGUCGGAGUCAACCACCCAUCCGUACAAAGCCACCGACAUCACUUGCUUGGUCAGGCCAGACCUCAGAACACUAAGACAGAGCAGCACCUCAGUCUGUAACCAGCGAGCCGGCCCUAAUGUCAGCUCCAUGGAGAUGUACGACAAAGUGACCACCCUGGGGACAGGGUCGGGGGGAGCUGUGUAUCUGGUCCGACACAAAGAAACAAAAAAGUUACAGGCUCUGAAAAAGAUACAGUUGGACGAGAAGCGCAAGACGCGCACCAGGGAGGCAGUGCAGCGCGAGGCCAGCAUCCUGUCUGAACUCAGACACCCUCACAUUGUCACCUACUAUGAGUCCUUCUUUGAGGAGACCCCUGAAGCCGUGCACCUCUGCAUUGUCCAGGAUUAUUGUGAUGGCGGUAACCUAGAUGAGAGGAUUCUUAGACACAAGAGUCGAGGCGAGAGCCUGGAGGAAGGCCAAAUCAUGCAAUGGUUCAUUCAGCUCCUCAUGGCUGUGCAGUACAUACACUCCUUGAAAAUACUACACAGAGAUUUGAAGGCCCAGAAUGUCUUUCUAACCAAGAAGAACAUGGUGAAGUUAGGUGAUUUUGGCAUAGCAAGGACAUUAGAGCACACCAUUGACAAAGCGAGCACAUGCGUGGGCACACCAUGCUACCUCAGUCCAGAGCUCUGCCAAGACAUCCCGUACAACAACAAGUCUGACAUAUGGGCAUUAGGAUGCCUUCUUUUUGAGAUGUGUGCCUUUGCUCCAGCCUUUGAUGCCAACAAUCUCAUCAGCCUCUUCUAUAAGAUCGUCAAGUGUGAAUAUGCAGAAAUUCCGUCCAUGUACUCAGAUGAAAUGAAGCAGCUGAUUGCAGCAAUCUUAGUCAAGGAACCAGACCAAAGACCAGGAGCAAGUGCUCUUCUAGCUUUUCCCAUCGUCCAAAAGCACCUGAACCUUUUCAUUACCGAGAAGGAAGGACAGUGGCAGCAAGUCCUACUGGUGAGACAGUCGGUGGAGUCCAACUCCUCGGAUAACAGCAGCAAAGUGAAUAAGAAGGGAGACCACAGCCACAAUGCAGAAACAGCCACCAGAAGGUCCUUGGAACCCAAGGAUUCCGGGGAAUAUUCAGACGACUUCUCCAGCAGUGAGAAUGAUGGGGACGAAGACGACAAUGAUGACGAAGUGGUGGAUGAGGUGCUCAGUGAAUGCAGCAGCAAGAACGCAGACGAGGACAUCGAAGAGAUCGUGGAAGAAGUUGUUGGCAGCUGCAGUGAUGAUGACAAUGAUGACGAGGACGCAGACCCGCCCCAAGGGCUGUUAAGCCCCUCCCCUCACCCCUCAGCUGCCACGCCCUCUCCACAAAGAGGAGGGAAGACUCCAAGCCCUCUAGCCCAGCCGGGGGAACAAGAGUAUGCCGACGACUUUGAGGAUGUGGACUCAGACGAGCAGAACUUGGAAGAGAUCUUAAGCCAUGCUCGCACGGCUGUUGGGGUAGAGGCCAACUACGAGGAUGACUUUGAAGACGAGAUGGAAGAGGAACAACGGCCCGCCUCCCGCUGCAGACAGCUGCUCAGAGAGCAUUGCAUUGAUUCCCUUGGGGAGGAGGUUUUUGCCAAGAUCCAGGCACAGUGCGGCAAGCGUGUGUCCUCCAGCCCCGAGGAUCUGUCGCAGGACAUGAUCAGCCUUCAGCUGAAACACACCGUUGAGAAUGAGCACUUGGAGACGUGCUACCUGGUCAGUGAGUUACUUGGGGAGACAGCUGCAACAUAAAUAAGUGUUUCUCGGUCUAGAUUUCAUUAGUCAAUAACUAAAAUAUCAUGUUCUGGGCAAAUACCACACCGUGGUGUACGGCAGUGCUGCAGGACUGGAGCAGUGUCAUAUGACAACAUUAGCCCACCAAGAUGGCCGUAAAGAGGGAUGCGACAGCAUUGGUAAACCAUCUGUAUGCUUCACCUGAGCAGUGCUGUACAUUAUGUCCGUGUGGCAUUCCAUCAAAUGUGGGGAUAGUUAACAAUAUGCAUUUUCAAUGCAUGUGAUCUCACCACACAAAAUGAGUUUAAAAUUACUGGACACCCGGUUUACAGAAUGGUCAAAGUUCAGUGUCGACAGGAAGAUAUAACUCUGUACAGAACCCAACACAAAGCUUCUCUGCUAUUUUGAGAAAGCUGUGGAUGGUGUCCAUUGAAACGUCCCUAGAUUCAUCUAUAGAUGUGAGUCAGGUGCCUCGCUAGUUUAAAUCCACUGUAGUUCUUCCAUGCUAUGGAGCUGAUGUGUAGUUUGUUUCCGUGCCUUAAAACAUUGUGCCUCAUUCAUUAGGGAAGUAACAUUGCAAUUAUGCUUCCUGCUGUUGCUUUAUUUUAGAAGAAAAGUGUUGUACACAAGUUGACGAUAAGCAGUUUGAUGCAACUGGCUGUAGAUAAUUUACAUUGCUUUGUCAUUCAUUGUGCCUUGUCAAUGCUGGGUAGUUUCAAGGGAAAAAAAUGACCCUCUGUGAGUUUUUGAUUGUCAAUAUUAAAGCAUACAGAAACUUAUGUAAAGGUCUGGAAACUUAGGAUUGGCGUGAAAUUUUAGGACAGUCGCAUUUAAUUCAAACUGAAUGCUGCUGAAUCAUUCCAGUCAUUCCGGGAACGAAAGAUUUUGAGACCGAGAGAACCCCCCUUGCUUUGUGUCGGUCAUUGUCUCACUGGAAUCUGAGGAAUUCUUUUCAGACAUCCAGGGGGGAUGUGUUAGGUAACAAUAGU